AUGGAUUGGCGGGUACCUCCGAGGAGACACGGAAGCCUCGUGAACUGGGCGUUUAUCCUCUGGGGCAUCUCCAGCUGCCCGCUCUGCCUGGGCGACCCGCGACCGACGAGGGUGGAACCGCCGCUCGGCCGAGACGUCCCGUUCGUCGCCGUGUGGAAUGCGCCCUCGGAGCUCUGCACCAGGAGAUUCGGCCUGACCUUCGACCUGGCCCACUUCCCCAUGGUGUCCACCACCCGGACGGUUCCGGAGCAGCAGGACACCAGGAUCUUCUACAGCCGGGCGCUGGGCAACUACCCUCACUACCACGAGUUCACGGGGCAGGAGUUCCACGGCGGCGUGCCCCAGCAAAGCUCCGUGCGGGAGCAUCUGAGGAAAGCCGAGAGGGACAUCGAGCAGCUCAUCCCGUCGAACCGGUCGCGAGGCUUGGCCGUCAUUGACUGGGAGAGCUGGAGGCCCUCGUGGCACAGGAACUGGCACCACAAGCUCAUCUACCAGCGACACUCGGUCGAGCUUGUUCAGCAGAGGGACCUGUCGCUGACCCCGGUCGAGGCCUCCCGCAUCGCCAAGGUCGAAUUCGAGGAGGCGGCCAAGGAGUUUCUGACCGAGUCGCUGAGGCUGGGCAAACGAAUGAGGCCGAACCAGCUGUGGGGCUUUUACCUGUUCCCCGACUGUUACAACUACGAUCACAAGAAGAGAAAUAGGACCUACACCGGGAGGUGCCCGGGGCGGGCCCAGGCACGGAACGAUGACCUGCUGUGGCUGUGGGAGGAGAGCACGGCCCUCUACCCCAGCAUCUACCUGUCCAGGCUGCUGAGGUCCUCGCGCAAAGCCCGGCUGUUUGUGCGCCAUCGGGUCCAGGAAGCCAUGAGGGUGGGUGCGCUCCCCAAACGGCAACACGCCCUCCCCGUGUACCCUUACACCAGGGUCGUGCACCACGAUGCCACCAAUGAGACGCUGGCGGAGGUUGACCUUGUGAAUACCAUCGGUGAAAGUGCGGCACUCGGCUCAGCGGGGAUCGUAGUUUGGGAGAGCUCUUACUCCUUUAUCGACAGGGACUCCUGCGCCAUGUGGGAGAGCUACGUUAACCAGACGUUGAGCCCGUACGUCUUGAACGUGACCCAGGCCGCAAGGCUGUGCAGCCGGGCGCUGUGUAAGAACAAGGGCAGAUGCGUGAGGAAGGACUGGAGAGCGAGCGAUUACCUGCACCUGAACCCCACCAGCUUCCGACUCCGUCGCAAGAGGAACGGAAAACUCUCGGCCGUCGGCAAAGCCUCGCCCGAAGACCUGCGGUUCAUGUCGGAGAGAUUCACUUGCCAGUGUUACGCCGGGAAGGACUGUGCGCCCUCCGUAACCAGCUCAACAUCAGUCGCCACUUCGCCAAAGCCAUUCCGUUGA